GUAAAUAAAAGAUGGCGAUGUAAACAGUUGGUUACUGUGAAAGUGUUUUAGGUGAAUGCUUCCCUUGCCGGCAUUUGAUAACCUUCAUCCCAGGUCCUGAAGUACCAACUUGAAGCCAUGAGCAGCAGAAGGAAGCGGGCCCCUCCGGUCAAGGUGGAUGAGGAGACAAAGAAGAAGCUCUGCUGGAAUAUGCACGAGGACUUAAAAAAUGACAACGUUCCCGGUCCCAGCUCCUCGGCUGCACCUCUUACUGUUGAAGAUGACAAUACCUUAGAGGAAGGAUGUUCCAUUGCUGUGAAAGACAGAAUCUCAAGCCCUCAGAGCUUCUUGGGGUUAACAGACCCUGGAGAGUCCUUAUGCAUUCCGUCUCCCAGCUCCAUUCCAAUCAAUCUAAAGGUGCUGUCACCCUGUGAGCUAGGCCCUGUCUGGAAGGCCUUGAUUGGUGAGUGUCGUCUUCAUCCAAAGUCAGCCCAUGUCUUUCCUGGUGGCAUUCAGGACCUGAGUUUCACCCUUAGAAUGACUAAUGAUCAGCUCAUUGUGUGCACAGAAGAGUCUGAUUUCAGCAGCAAAGACGUUUACUCUGUGGAAUGUUCUCUGGACAGUACUGUGUUAGAAGACCUAAUGUGGCUUAAGAAGAGAAGAGUUGUCCAGCUUUAUCAAAUACCAAACGAAGACAGUGAUUUUUUAAAGGUGGGUAUUUUCCUCUUGGAAUCCGGACUAGGAAAACCAGAGUUUCUGAGUGAAAGAAGUGGAAGAAUAAGAAAGGCCAAUCAGCUGAUCCAGAAACUAAUGGAGCUCUUCUAUGACUUUAUAAUUCCAGACUUACAAGAGGAUGAAAAAGAAGAGUCAGAUACUGACCUGGAGCGGCAGAACAUUGAAGAGCUGUAUGAUUAUGUGAGACGUGCCCAUCAAAAUGAAGCCCACAGCCCUCAGGAAGACAUCCAACACCCAGCACUCAUCCCUGUGCUGAGACCUUACCAGUGUGAUGCUGUUAAUUGGAUGCUGAAAAGGGAGAACUACAGAAGCUCCCAAACACAUGAAAAAUCACUGCAUUUCCUGUGGCAAGAAGUUGCUACAUUAUGUGGAAAGACGCUCUACUAUAACCCAUAUACAGGCUGUUUGAUACGUGAAUUUCCUGUGGCUGGCACUGAAUGGCCAGGAGGAAUCCUGGCAGAUGAGAUGGGUCUGGGGAAAACUGUGGAAGUGCUGGCACUCAUUCUUAUCAAUACAUGGCAGGGUGUUGGAAAACAUGGCCUAACGCUACCCGAGGGAAGGUCAGUAAACUACUUUGUCCCACCUCCACCUACAGACGGAAAAAAGAAACAGCAUUAUAAGAAGUCUGACUUAAAGCCAAAAGAAAAAGUGGUCUACCCCACUUUACGGGUGAUGCUUCUCACUGCUAUCAAGGAGAUGAGGGUGGGGAAGGGGGCCUCAGUCAACGCUAUCUUUGGGUACAUCCGUGCCACUUACAGGUACGACCUUCAGAGAAACCGGCGCCUCAUUAAAAAGACUUUGGAGAAGCUGGUCGCUGAAGAGCUGGUGGAGCAGGUGAAAGGCCGGGGGCUUGCCGGGUCGUUCAAGCUGGGAAAGAAGUAUAAAGAGACCAAGAAACUCGGGACAGUUGCAAAACAGAAAUCAAACCCUCCGGACAGUAAACCAGACUGUAGACUUAGGAGAGCCACAAGGAAACAUGCAAGGGUGGAAAAAGAUGUUCUGACUGAUGCAGAAAACAAAGAUGAACUGCUUCAAAGUGACCCAGAAAGCAUAAAACCAAUGAAUCCUGGGCUAGAAGAACAUAACUACUGUGGUCAGAGCAAAGACAGGGUUUCAAAAGACAGUACUUUGAGAGAGGGUGUCUGUGAACCACUAGAUAAGACUGUGGACCAGACUGUGGUUAAGACCCAGGACAACUUAUUAAUAGAAGCCGAUGACACACAGAGUCACUCAGCUCUGGAUAUGAUAAACAACAAAUGUGAAUCCAAGGUAAAGCAAAAUGAAGGCUGCCCAGAGAUGCAAGAAUCAGGUUCACACUGCAGCACCAAUGCACCUUGUCCACAGUCCACAGCAGUUCUUCCUUUCAACAUGUCUGUCUAUCGGUUUGAAUGUAUCUGUGGAGAGCUUGGCCUGGUUGACUAUAAAGCCAGAGUGCAGUGUCUGAACUGCUUCCUGUGGCAGCACGCGGAGUGCGUCAACUACAAGCAGGAGGACCUGGGGACCAAGCCUUUCUACUGCCCGCACUGCCUGGUUGCCAUGACGCCAGUGCCCACAGGGGCUACGCUCAUCAUUUCACCCAGCUCUAUCUGCCACCAGUGGGUAGAUGAGAUCAACAGGCAUGUGAGGUCAUCUUCACUUCGAGUGCUGGUUUACCAAGGAGUGAAGAAGCACGGCUUUAUUCAGCCUCACAGUUUGGCUGAACAGGAUGUGGUCAUCACAACCUAUGACGUCCUGCGCACCGAGCUGAACUACGUAGACAUUCCUCACAGCAACAGUGAAGAUGGCCGUCGCUUCCGAAAUCAGAAGCGCUACAUGGCCAUCCCCAGCCCCCUGGUGGCGGUGGAGUGGUGGAGAGUCUGCCUGGAUGAAGCACAGAUGGUGGAGUGCCCCACUGCAAAGGCCGCAGAAAUGGCACUGAGGCUGAGAGCCAUCAACCGUUGGUGUGUCAGCGGAACUCCGGUACAGCGAGGUUUAGAAGAUUUAUAUGGCCUGGUUCUGUUCCUCGGAGUCGACCCAUAUUGGGUGAAACAUUGGUGGGAACAACUCCUGUAUCGCCCAUACCGUCGAGGAAAUCCCCUUCUCCUCUAUAGCCUGAUUGCCAGGCUCAUGUGGAGGUCCUCAAAGAAAGAUGUUCUCGACCAGAUCCAGAUUCCCCCUCAAACGGAAGAGAUACACUGGCUCCACUUCUCUCCAGUGGAAGGUCACUUCUACCAUCGCCAGCACGAAGUCUGCUCCCAGGAUGCUCUUGUGAAGCUGAGGAAGAUUUCUGACUGGAACCUGAAGCUCGGCAGUCUGGACAGAAGAACCGUCAACUCCAUCCUGUACCCCCUGCUCAGGGUGAGGCAGGCCUGCUGCCACCCACAGGCUGUGCGGGGAGAGUUUCUGCCUUUUCAGAAGAGCACCAUGACAAUGGAGGAGCUGCUGUUGUCCCUGCAGAAGAAAUGCAGAGUGGAGUGUGAGGAGGCACAUCGCCAGCUUGUAUGCGCUUUCAAUGGGCUGGCUGGGGUCCAUAUAAUCAGAGGUGAACAUGCUUUGGCAGCGGAGCGGUACAGGGAAGUACUGCGGUCCUCAGAGGAGCACAAAGACAAACUCAAAACUGAUUCUCUACAGCGGCUGCAUGCUACACAUAACCUAAUGGAACUGCUGAAAGCACACCGUUCUGAGAUUCCCCCAACCCUUCGAGAUGAUCUGCUGAAAGUAGAGGCAGAGCAGCUCAAACAGCACUACAUGACCAAAUCCAACUCUGAAGUUGCAGAAGCACAACAGGCCCUGCAGCCAGUCCUUCAGAACAUCAAAGAGCUCAAACGCAAGAUUCACUCAGGAUCUCCCUGGUGGUUGGAGGUAAUUCAGCGAGCAAUCCAGUAUGCGAUUGAUGAUGACUUGGUUCUUCGUAUUCAGAAUGAGUUGAUCAGUAACUACAAACAGCAAGCCAGUAAACUUUCCAUGGCUGACAAGUUCCGUGACUGCAGAGGGCUGCAGUAUUUGCUGAGCACACAGAUGGAGCACUUGAUGAAAUCCCAAAAAAACGUGCAAGCUGCUGUCAAGAAACUGGAGGGUCCUCCCUCUAAGAAAGUCAUUGAGGAAGCCACCAUUUGCCACCUUCGCCCUGUGAGGCUUCCCCUCAACAACUGUGUGUUUUGUAAAGCUGAUGAACUCUUCACAGAUUAUGAAUCCAAGCUCUUUGCCCACACUGUUAAAGGGCAGACGGCCAUCUUUGAGGAGAUGAUAGAAGAUGAAGAAGGCCUCGUUGAUGACCGUCUGCCUACAACAAGCCGUGGGCUUUGGGCAGCGAGCGAGAUGGAGCGAGUAAUGAAGGCCAUCUUGUCUUUUGCCAAAGCCCGGCGGAUGGAUGCUGCCCUCAUUGAGGAUGGGAACACAUUUAUGGAGCUGUUUGAGAGCCGGAAGAAGGAAUACAAGUUGCUUCAUGAAUACUGGAUGGUGCUGCGGGAUCAUGUCUCUGCAAUCGACGAGUUGGGCAUGGCAACAGAACGCCUGCGUGUGCGCCACCCGGAUGAACCCAAGCCCAAAGUGUUGCACAUCAUUGAACCACACGAGGUGGAGCAAAACAGGAUGAAAUUAUUAAAUGAUGAAGUGGUUGCAAAAUCCCAGUUACAAAAGAAACUUGGGCAACUUUUGUACCUCACAAACUUAGAGAAAUCUCAGGAUAAAUCAAGUGGAGAGCAGAAUCCAGAACCCUGCCCUAUCUGUGCACGGCAGCUGGGGAAACAGUGGGCAGUUUUAACAUGCGGGCACUGCUUUUGUAAUGAGUGCAUAGCUAUCAUUGUGCAGCAGUACAGCAUUGGGACCCGCAGGAGGGCAAUCAAGUGUGCCAUCUGCAGACAGACCACCUCCCAUAAAGAAAUCUCCUACGUGUUCACAGCUGAGACUGCAAACCAGGAUGAGGAGAUCCCUGUCAAGGGUAGCCAUUCUACCAAAGUGGAAGCUGUGGUACGAGCCUUGAAGAAGAUCCAGUUGAAGAAUCCGGACGCUAAAGCUUUAGUCUUCUCAACGUGGCAAGGUGUUCUGGAUAUCAUUGCAAAAGCUCUUUAUGACAACAGCAUGGAGUUUUCUCAGAUAAACGGAAUUCAUAAAUUUCAGGAGAACCUGUCCUCGUUUAAGUACGAUGCCAAGAUCAACAUAUUACUGCUUCCUCUACACACUGGCUCGAAUGGAUUGAAUAUAAUUGAAGCUACGCAUGUUCUUCUGGUAGAGCCCAUACUGAACCCAGCCCAUGAGCUGCAGGCCAUUGGCAGAGUGCAUCGCAUAGGACAGACAAAGCCCACUGUUGUUCAGAGGUUUCUAAUAAAAUCAACCAUAGAAGAAAGAAUGCAGACCAUGUUGAAAACAGCAGAAAGAAGCCAUGGCACCGCCUCCAUGAAGCACUCUGAGGUGUCUGUGCUGACAGUAGCAGACCUGGCAGAUCUGUUCACAGAGGACACUGAAGCUCUGGAAUGAUACCUGGCAGAGAGAAUAAUAAUAAUAGUAAAGCAGUAGCAACAGUAUAAGAAGGAUAAUGUUAACAGACAUCACCUGUACAGGCCUGAUUGUUUAAAGAUAUAUUUUACCAGCAAAAGUAAUGCACCGAGUAUAGGGUACAGUUUGGUAAUGUUUUGUUACUUGAGGAAUUCUUGAUCGCACUGAAAUAAUUCACAGGACAGUCUAGACAGUAUAUCCCUCACAGAUCACUACAGAGUUAGGAUUUUUGAUUGAAAUUUUAAAAAUAUCACUUUUUUAAAAAAAAAAAAAACAGUAUCUUAACUAAAAGCAAUAGCCACUGUCAAAGUGUCAGGCUGUGUCUUGUAGGUAGUACAGCACCAAGCACAGCUUACAGGGUGUUUUUAGAUCUUUCCAGCAGUCAGUAAAUAAGGGCCAAGCUCCUAAACACAAGGCAGGUGCCAGGUAGUGAAGAAAUUUGAACAGGACUUUGUUGCAUUUGGUCCAUGAGUAUCAGGAAACCAAUGUAAUCUAGACGACAUAGUUAUGUAAUUACAAUCUUGAGGGCCAUCUGGAAAAGAGAAAUCCCAAAAUAGAAGUGCAGUACACAUCCUUAUUGGAAUGUAUUAGCAUAGCGAUUAGUGUAGAGCUCGCACUCAGAAUGUCAAUUACAAAGCAUUCUAAAUGUUUAAACCGCAACAGUUUCUAUAUAGACAGAUUAAGCGUGUUAAUGUCAGGUUUAUGUAGUUUUCAUUUCGAUUUACUGUUAUAAUAUGUAUAGAAAUGCUCAGUGGCUACCUCUAAUCAAGUUGAGGGUAUACUUUUUCUUGCACUCUUUGUAUGACAGACCCUAACAAAGUAAACAGUACACUAGAAAUACAUUCGCAAGUUGAUUAGAGGUAGUCAUCGAACAAUUCUAACUAGGGGUCUACUUAAAUCGCGGUAAAUGUACAUAUUUUUCACGGGUAGGUUGCGGAAUAAAAUUAUGAUUUUGCGGGCAUUUCACGGACCUGUUAAAACAUUAAGUGAACUUACAUAGACAGUAAUUCAGAACACUAUAAAUCCUAAAACAGAGUGCUGUCAUUUGUUAAAGGCAAGCAAGCAGCACCCCCCUGCCUUUGACU